AUGAGCUGGGCUCUGAAUCCGGACUGGAGUGAGUUUUACGUCGACAGCAAAGAGAUCUGGGAGUAUUUCAACAAUGCGGCCCAAAAGUUUGGACUCAACCGAUACAUCAACCUUCGACAUAGGGCUGUGGGAGCGGUGUGGGAAGAGACUCGGGGAGUCUGGUUGGUCGAUGUCCUGGACGAAGCCACUAGAAUUAAGUUCACCGAUUGGUGCCACUUUCUCAUCAAUGGCUCCGGCUUCUUAAAGUAUGCUGAACAUUUCUCUCUUGGAGUCCCUGAUACAAAGCUCCAUUCAGCAGCCUGGGAUGAAAGCGUGGUACUUAAGGGAAAACGUGUAGCUGUCAUUGGAAAUGGCUCGUCAGGCAUACAGAUUGUGACAGUGAUACAGCCUGAGGUCGCGGCUCUGUCUGUUUUCAUUCGCAGCCCUACGUGGGUAUCAACUUCUUUUGCCCAGGAUUUUGCAGGUCCGAAUGGGAUCAACUUCUCGUACACCGACGAACAGAAGCAAGCCUUUCAGAACGAUACACAAGGCCUACAAUCCUAUCGAAAAGCCGUUGAAACAAACAUGAAUUCUAACCACAAGGUGGCUCAUACCAACUCCCCUGAACAACAAAUUGCUGUUCAAUAUCUCACCAAGAUCAUGAAAUCUGGCAUUGGGGAGAACCAUCCGCAGGCGGACCGAUUAAUCCCGGACUUCGGUGUUGGUUGUAGGCGCCCAACCCCAGGUGUUGGCUAUCUGGAAGCGUUGGUGGCGUCCAACAACCGAACCAUUUUCGACCCUAUUGCCGAAGUAGUCGAAGAUGGCAUCAGGCUCAACACUGGGGAGCUGAUCGAAGUCGACGUCAUCGUCUGUGCCACAGGCUUCGACGUGUCGUGGAAGCCUCGUUUCCCAGUCAUUGGUCGUGGCGGUAUAGACUUAUCAGAUCAAUGGAAGGAUCGACCACUCAGCUACCUCUCGUUCGCGGUGCCGAACUUCCUAAACUACUUUAUCUAUUUGGGUCCUAACUCGCCACUAUCUCACGGAUCCGCACUCCCAAGCAUUGAGCACCUAACCAAGUACCUCAUUCGAUUGCUCCACUAG